GGCACGGAGCCUCCUCGGCCGGGAACCGAGCCCGCCCGCCUCAGCCGGCGCCGGUCCGCGGAGCUCGGCCCCUCACGGGGGCGGCGGGCGCCGGCGCGGCCGAGACAGGGCAGAAAACAGAAUAAAAACAUUCAGAAUCUGAAGACUAGUACGAGCACAGGAUGGGGACUCCUGGUUCUGGAAGGAAAAGAACGCCUGUGAAAGACCGGUUUUCUGCAGAAGAUGAAGCUCUGAGUAACAUUGCCAGAGAGGCAGAGGCAAGACUUGCAGCAAAACGCGCUGCUCGGGCAGAAGCGAGAGAUAUACGCAUGAGAGAAUUGGAACGACAGCAAAAAGAGCACUCUCAUCACUCCUUUGAUCGGAAAUGGGGGCAGAUUCAUAAGUGGCUGGAGGAUUCGGAAAGGGCCAGGUUUUCCCACCGGUCCAGUCAUCAUCGUCCCUCUCUGAAAGUUGAGGAUGCAUUGUCCCUUCGAAGUCUUGGCAGUCACAGGUAUGGUCCCCUCAAGGACAGAUCGUCAAGACUUUCAUCAUUAAAUCAUUCUUACACGCCCUCUUAUGGAACGAAGAACAGGUCAUCUGGUUCUCAUAAGGACCCACUGAGUGGCCUCUACUUUGACCAGAGAAACUAUAGCAGUCUUAGACAUAGCAAACCCACCUCUACCUACUACACUCGGUCUUCUUCCCUGUACAGUGACCCUCUGGCGACAUCUAAGAGUUAUAGGGCCUCCCCCCUUGCAGAUUCUGGUCUGCUGAGAAGUGCCAGUCUGGCAUCAUUGUACGAUGGUGGAUUUUAUAACUCUUACGGUUCUCGAACUCCCUCUGAGUGCAGUUAUUACUCAUCAAGAACAAGUUCGGGCCGAAGCAGUCCUGCGCUUACCGAUGACGACGCCGUGAGCAUUGUCUCUUCUGAUCGUGCCAGUCAUGGGCGAAGGGAAAGUGUGGUGUCUGCGGCCGAUUAUUUUAGUCGCUCCAAUCGCAGGGGAAGCCUUGUCUCUGAGGCGGAUGACGUCAGUAUCCCAGAUGUGGCCAGCUUGGAUGAAAAAUCUGACAAACAGUAUGCUGAAAAUUACACAAGGCCUUCGUCUCGAAAUUCUGCCUCAGCAACAACCCCUCUGAGUGGAAACUCGUCCAGACGAGGAAGCGGGGACACCAGCAGCUUAAUAGAUCCAGACACCUCAUUAAGUGAAUUACGGGAUCUCUAUGACCUUAAGGACCAGAUACAAGAUGUAGAGGGGAGAUACAUGCAAGGGCUUAAAGAACUGAAGGAGUCUCUGUCUGAAGUGGAAGAAAAAUACAAGAAAGCCAUGGUUUCCAAUGCACAGUUAGACAACGAGAAGAACAAUUUGAUCUACCAAGUAGACACCCUGAAGGAUGUUAUUGAAGAACAGGAGGAGCAGAUGGCAGAAUUUUACAGAGAAAAUGAAGAAAAAUCAAAGGAAUUAGAACGGCAGAAACACAUGUGUAGCGUAUUACAGCAUAAGAUGGAUGAACUUAAAGAAGGCCUCCGGCAAAGAGAUGAACUGAUCGAGGAGAAGCAGCGCGUGCAGCAAAAACUAGACACCAUGACAAAAGAGGUGUUUGAGCUCCGGGAGACACUUCUUUGGAAAGAUAAAAUAAUUGGGGCCCUAGAGAAACAGAAGGAACACGCUGCCUGCCUCAGGGAUGAGCGCGAUGCGCUCCGAGAGGAGCUGGCUGACCUGCGGGAGACAGUGCAGACCGGAGAGAAACAUGGUUUAGUUAUAAUUCCCGAUGGCACUCCCAAUGGUGAUGUCAAUCAUGAACCAAUGGUUGGCGCCAUCACCGUUGUGUCUCAGGAAGCUGCUCAGGUCUUGGAGUCAGCAGGCGAAGGGCCACUAGAUGUAAGGCUACGAAAACUUGCUGGGGAAAAGGAGGAGCUACUGUCACAGGUUAGGAAGCUGAAGCUGCAGUUAGAGGAGGAACGGCAGAAGUGCUCCAGGAGCGACGGCACGGCCGGCGACCUGGCGGGACUGCAGAACGGCUCCGACCUGCAGCUGAUCGAGAUGCAGAGAGAUGCCAAUAGACAAAUUAGUGAAUACAAAUUUAAGCUUUCAAAAGCAGAACAGGACAUAACCACCUUGGAGCAAAGUAUCGGCCGGCUCGAGGGGCAGGUGCUGCGCUACAGAACUGCUGCUGAGAACGCGGAGAAGGUGGAGGAUGAGCUCAAAGCGGAAAAGCGGAAGCUGCAGCGCGAGCUGCGCACAGCGCUGGACAAGAUCGAGGAGAUGGAGAUGACCAACAGCCACCUGGCCAAGCGCCUGGAGAAGAUGAAGGCCAACAGGACAGCUCUGCUGGCCCAGCAGUAGGGGGCCCCGAGGGGCUGAUGCUUUUGUACAUGGACACAGACCCCUUCCAGUACUGUUUUGAGUUUUGUCAUUAAAACAGCCACCUUUGUAUUUUAUAAUUUAUGAGAGAAUGAAGCAGGCUUGGAUCUUCACAAAUGAAGACUUUGGAUUUUGUUUCUAGUUUGACUUUAGACUCGGACCUGGUCCGUGCGGUUUUAUUUUGUAUUUGCAUAAUCCUAGAGUCGAGUUUCCUCAGCAUUCCCCCUGCCUCAGUGGUGGGCACUCGGGGCCGCGGCACGGGCCCUGGAGGACAGAGCAGGAGCCCUCGGGACACACAAGUGCCUUCCCCCGGCAGCCCGCGGUGAUCCGUGCUCACGAGGCGGCGCCCUGAAUGUCGGCGUUCCACUGCAGAGAAGCUACGCGGCCACGGUGGGGAAUCGUCAACUAAAUUUGUAUGUUUGGAGGAAAAAGCCUUUUUUGUAAAAUAUUUAAAUUUAUAUAAGAAAAUGACAGAAAAUGACCCGGGGAGUGUACAGAAAACUUGCUCUGUUGGAUGGGGCAGGAGACGCCCAAGGCCUGACACGCGUCAGCCGUGGCACACACCUUGUCCGUCUGCUGCUCCCUGUGGAAUGAGCCCCCAGAGAAGCCCGGGGCAGGGAGGGGCAGGGCAGGUAGCUGGGAAAUGUGCCGGAAAAGUCUAUUAAAUACACACUUUUGCCCACCAGGA